GCUGCAGUACCUUGGAGCCACCUUUCGCGCCCAUGGUGCUGAAUCCAAUUAGGUGGAGCUAUGACGCCAUGUUGGAUUCCUUCGACGUGUACCACUCAGGCCCGGACGCGCCACGGCCCCUACUCGACUUUGCUCUGCAGCUUCCAUCUCAGCCAGAAGGGAAGACUGCAAAGCCAAAGGUCGAAAAGGAGAGACCAAAGAAAGCCGAGGCUGGGCCGCGGCGUCGCGGCCCAGUGCCCCGUCCCUUCGCCGAGCCAACAGCCACAGCGCCGGGGCCGCAGCCCGCGGAGCUCGCGGAGCCCGCGUUGGGAGAGGCACAAGGUGCGAGGCUUUCCCUUCGCGCGAAGGAGACUGAGCUGACGGCGGAGCAAUACUCUGAUUGGAUGAAGUACUACAGAGACUGUGCUGAGUAUUUCGAACAGUGCGAAAGAAACUGUGCAGAACAGGCGGGACUGGAGCCUCCCAGGAGCGACAGGAAGGUGGAGCAGCCGGCACCGGCGCCUGCGCCAGCGCCUGCACCAGCGCCUGCAGCGUUUCCUGCGCCCACGGCACCCAUGCCAAGCCCAGCAGCCCCAUUUGUGCCCUCAGCACAGAGAGAGGCGCCCUUCAUGCCGAACCCCUGCGAGGCGCGCAUGGCCCACGGGCUGGGGCUGGGGACAGCAUGGGCGCCGCCGCCGCUACCGGAGGGCAUGGCGGCUCCCGCGCCGCUGCUGCAAGCGCUGCAGGCGUUGCAGCUGCUGCAGCAGCAGCAACAGAUGCAGCAGUUACAGCUGCAGUCGGUGCAGCAGCUGAUUUCAGGCAGUUUGCUUGGCGGUGGCCUGCUGGGUUUGCAGGGCAUGCCCGGCAUCGGCAUGGGCAUGCCCGGCAUCGGCAUGCCCGGCAUCGGCAUGGGCAUGUCGGGUAUGGGGUGCGGGGCGGGCGCAGCUGGCCUGGCGCAAAGCAAUGCGCUGGGUAUGACGAACGAGAUGCUGGCGAAUCUCCUUAUGGCCUGGUAUUACUCAGGGUACUACACGGGCGAAUACGCUGCGCGCCAGGGCAAGAUGUAGCCCUCAGUGUGCAUCCGCCGCCAGCUUGCGGACCGGACGUCGGCGCCGACGCCC